AUGCCACAGGUGAAGAACCUGGAUGUGGAGGUCCUGGGUUGGCGUGGUUACACGCGGUCUGCGAUUGUGAGGCCGGUUGGACCAACCUCUACUCCUGCAACCUCUACCUCUGCUACCUCUACUACUACCUCUACCUCUGCUACCUCUACUACUGCAACCUCUACUACUGCUACUACUACUACCACCUCUACCUCUGCUACCUCUACUACUGCAACCUCUACUACUGCUACUACUACUACCACCUCUACUCCUGCUACCUCUACUACUACUACUGCCUCUACCACUACUAUUACCUCUACUACUACUACUACUACUACUACUACUACUACUACUAUUGCUGCUACCUCUACCUAUACUACUACUGCUGUCUCUACUACUACUACUACUACUACCUCUACCUCUACUACUGCAAUCUUUACUACUGCUACCUCUACCACUACUACUACCUCUACAACUGCUACCUCUACUACUGCUACCUCUACCACUACUACUACUGCCUCUACCACUACUACUGCUACCUCUACCUCUACUACUGCUACCUCUACUGCUACCUCUACUACUACUACUGCUACCUCUACUACUACUACUGCUACCUCUACUACUGCUACCUCUACCUCUUCUACCUCUACUACUACUGCUAUUGCCUCUACUACUACUGCUAUUGCCUCUACUACUACUACUACUGCCUCUACCUCUACUACUGCUUCCUCUACCUCUACUACUGCUACCUCUACCUCUACUACUGCUACCUCUAAUACUACUACUGCUACCUCUACCUCUACCUCUACUACUGCUACCUCUACUACUACUACUGCUACCUCUACUGCUACCUCUACUACUACUACUACUACUACUGCUACCUCUACUACUGCAACCUCUACUACUGCAACCUCUACCUCUGCUACCUCUACUACUACCAUCUCUACCUCUGCUACCUCUACUACUACCACCUUUACCUCUGCUAUCUCUACCUCUGCUACCUCUACUACUGCAACCUCUACUACUGCUACUACUACUACCACCUCUACCUCUGCUACCUUUACCUCUGCUACCUCUACUCCUGCUACCUCUACUACUGCUACUACUACUACCACCUCUACCUCUGCUACCUCUACCUCUGCUACCUCUACUACUGCAACCUCUACUACUGCUACUACUACUACCACCUCUACCUCUGCGAUCUCUACCUCUGCUACCUCUACUACUGCAACCUCUACUACUGCUACUACUACUACCACCUCUACCUCUGCUACCUUUACCUCUGCUACCUCUACUCCUGCUACCUCUACUACUGCUACUACUACUACCACCUCUACCUCUGCUACCUCUACCUCUGCUACCUCUACUACUACUACUGCUGCCUCUACCUCUACUACUGCUACCUCUACCUCUACUACUGAUACCUUUACUGCUACCUCUACCUCUUCUACCUCUACUGCUAUUGCCUCUACUACUACUACUACUGCCUCUACCACUACUACUGCUUCCUCUACUACUACUACUACUACUACUGCCUCUACCACUACUAUUACCUCUACUACUUCUACCUCUACUACUAUUGCUGCUACCUCUACCUAUACUACUGCUACCUCUACCACUACUACUACUGCUACUACUACUACUGCUACCUCUACCUCUACAACUGCUACCUCUACUACUGCUACCUCUACCUCUACUGCUACCUCUACCUCUUCUACCUCUAAUACUACUGCUAUUGCCUCUACUACUACUGCAUCUACCAUUACUACUGCUACCUCUACCUCUACUACUACUGCUACCUCUACCUCUACUACUGCUACCUCUACUACUACUACUACUGCUACCUCUACUACUACUACUGCUACCUCUACUACUACUGCUACCUCUACCUCUUCUACCUCUACUACUACUGCUAUUGCCUCUACUACUACUACUACUGCCUCUACCACUACUACUGCUACCUCUACUACUACUACUACUGCCUCUACCACUACUACUGCUACCUCCUCUUCUACUACUACUACUGCUGUCUCUACUACUACUACUGCUACCUCUACUACUGCUACCUCUACUACUGCUACCUCUACUACUACUACUACUACUACUACUACUGCUACCUCUACCACUACUACUACUGCUACCUCUACUACUACUACUACUACUACUACUGCUACCUCUACCUCUACUACUGCUACCUCUUCUACUGCUACCUCUACUUCUACUGCUACCUCUACCUCUACUGCUACCUCUACUGCUACCUCUACUACUACUACUACUACUACUGCUACCUCUACUACUACUACUGCUACCUCUAUUACUGCUACCUCUACUACUGCUACCUCUACUACUACUACUACUACUACUACUGCUACCUCUACCACUACUACUACUGCUACCUCUACUACUACUACUACUACUACUGCUACCUCUACCUCUACUACUGCUACCUCUACUACUGCUACCUCUUCUACUGCUACCUCUACCUCUACUGCUACCUCUACUACUACUACUACUACUGCUACCUCUACUACUACUACUGCUACCUCUAUUACUGCUACCUCUACCUCUACUGCUACCUCUUCUACUACUACUACUGCUGUCUCUACUACUACUACUGCUACCUCUACUACUGCUACCUCUACUACUGCUACCUCUACUACUACUACUACUAGUGUCUCCCCCGGCUCUCCCCGGCUCUCCCCGGCUCUCCCCGGACCCAACUAA